AUGGCCGUCAAGCUGCCUGAGAUUCAGCGCAUUGAUCGCUCGAAUGUGUCCGCGAUAAUUCAAGCCAUUAUCCAGGAUGGCUGCUGCAUUGUCAAGAAUUUCACAGAUGCCGAGACGGUGAGCGUGGUGAAUGAGGAAGUACGGCCGUAUAUUGAAGCAGACAAGCCCUGGAAGGGGGAUUUAUUCCCGCCCGAAACACGGCGCUGCGCCAACCUCGUAGGUCGCAGCAAGACGGUGCGGGAGAAAUGGUUCGUGGAUCCUCUGAUCCGGACGCUACUAUCGAAAUUCGUCGACAAGACCACGUCCAACUUCUACGGCGAGACCAAACACACCUACACCAGCGAAGCCGUCUGCAACAUUGCUGUGACGUUCGAGAUCGGGCCGGGGGGCAAAGCGCAACGGCUGCACCGCGACGACAAGAACUACCACGUGGACCAUCAAGACCAGACGGCGACGGGGUAUCAAGUCGGGUCUGAUGUGGAAAUGGCGUUCCUGCUGCCGGGCGUGAAAACGACGUACGAGAACGGCGCGACGCUGGCGAUUCCGGGCAGCCAUCUAUGGGGCCAAGAGCGAGCGCCCAAGACCGAGGAGGCAACAUAUGCGGAAAUGGACGUGGGAGAUUGUUGGGUCAUGCUGGGCGGGCUGUAUCAUGCUGGCGGGUCGAAUAUCACAGAGACGGAGAAGAGGACAGUGCAUGGCUUGUUUUUCACGAGGGGAUACCUUCGCCAAGAGGAGAAUGCGUAUUUGAUGAACGCGCCGGAAGCGGUGCUGUCUUGGACGCCAGAGGCGCAGAAGUUGAUGGGAUACUCCCUUUCGAGUCCGAAUAUUGGGUUUGCUGAUUUCAGGACCCCGAUUCAGUAUUUGCAAGGAGAUGCGAGCGAUGCGCUGGGGGACUUUGAUGCGUCGCAGGAGAAGAAGUAG